GCGUCGGAGUCCAAAAAGUCCAAACCAAUCCAUCAUUCCAAGCCCAGGCUGCCAAACGACACUCCUACCGCUUGACCAUCGACACGGCGUCCGAACUGUCUUGAGGCCAUAACUGCCAUUCCUCUUGCCUACGCCUCAUCUUCCGAGUAAAAUCCAAACGUCCAACUUCCAGGGACGAGACAGCUGCUUAAUACCAGUUGAGGAACAAACACCCUGUUGCCCAGGGAACAUCACAACAAGAGGUACACUUUGCGAGAUCGAGAUUCGUCCAUAUCCGUUUCUCCUUCGUGCAGAAGCCAUGGCUUACAACUACGGCCCGCCUCCCCCGCCGCCGGGACCGGCGCCGCCCAACAACCCGCCUGCUGGCUACCCCGCCACUUAUGGCCAGUCCCCAUAUCAGCAGCAGCCACAGCCGGCUGCUCCCCAGCGCGGCAGCUAUAGUGGACGAGGCCGUGGUGGCUCAGAUCGUGGCGGGUAUCACCAGUCGUCGCAUUCCUAUUCAUAUGGCCAGCAACCCUCAUCGUACGGUCAACAGGCGCCUCCGGCAAGCCCAUACCCUUCUCACCAGCCACAGCCCGGCGCCUACCCUCCGCCGCAACAGCAGUGGCAUUCAGAGCAGCAUGGCCAGCAUACCCCGCAACAGCCUCCUGGCCCUCCUCCCCCUCAAGGUUACGCGCCUAGCUACGGCACACAGCCCCAUUACCCCCAGGCCCAGCAGCCCUACGGUGCUCAGCAACCCGCUUACUCACCCGCGCCACAAACUGCCUACGGCCCGGCGUAUGCUCCCCCCGCUCCGCAGGCUAGUCCGCCUCCUCAGCCAUGGGGUAGUCAUCAUCAACCGCCCCCACCCCAAACUUCGUUCAACACCAGUGGCCGAGGUGGCAGAGGCUCACAUAGUGACCGUUCCGGCCCCAAGGGUCAGAUGAUGGGACCUCCUAUCAGGAUGGGAUUUGAUGGCGCACCUGCGCAGCCGCCCGCUCCGGCCCCUUAUCCACCGCAGCCAUAUGGUGCACCUCACGCGGCGCCUUAUGCUCCUGCCCCAUACCCGUAUCCCCCUCCAACCGCCUACAUGCCGCCGGCUCAUCCUGUUUAUGAUGGUGCUCCCGCCGCCAGCACACCGCGUCAUGGACGUGGAGGAGGCUUCCAUCAAAACAGCCACCCUCGUCAUCGCCCCCAGUUUGGUGGUGACAGAGCUCGUGGCCGUAAUGGUCAUGCCGGCGGUAAUCACAGCCGCGGCGGGAAGGCUCACAGCCCUCCCACUCACCACCAGAAGCCCGAUCCUUCUGGCGGUAAGAAAAAGAAGCGCAAGACGAACACGCUUGGUUUGACCCCGGGUGAUGAGUCCGAUGAGGACGAUGAGAAUGAGGAGGAGCGUCUCAAUGAGAUGAUUGGUGCUGAUGCCCCCAACCCGACUACGAACGAGGAACUUGCUUCCUGGAUUGCCGAGCGCAGGGCCAACUUCCCAUCAAAGGCCAAAAUUGAAGCCAAGAGAGCUGCUGUCAAGGCACAGACUGCUGAGGCAAAGGCCGCUGACGAGAAGGCCUCUCUGCUGAUGAGACAAGAACAGAAGGCGGAGAAGCUCCGCAAGCAGCUGGAAAAAGUCGAAUCCAGCAUCAAGAGGAAGCGUGAGCAGCAAGAUGAAGGCGACGAGAUGCGCCAUUCGGAGCCCUCAUCGCCCUCAACAAUCUCCAAGUCCGACGACGAGAAGCCGGAAGUCUUGACUACUCGUCCGGAUGAAACAGUAGUCCCCCCGGUGGCCAGGAAGGCUGACCAGUCGAAGCACUGCAAGUACUACUCGACUGGUGGAAAUUGUGGUAAGCGGGGCAAGUGCCGUUUUGUACAUGACCCUAACGAGCGCGAAAAGGCGCUCAAAGAACGCGAACUCAACGGAGGAAAGAUGACCCUCCAGCAGCGUUUGCUCCUAAACGACAAGGAGCAGGAGGACCUGUCCAUUGUCCAAGCUAUCAAGUACCUCCAGGACAAGGGUGCUUACAAAGUGAAAAAGCCAUUGGAUCAGUCUUCUGGUGGUAUUACGACAUCCAACGGGCAGCCUCCGGCUACAGGGCCUGCAUCGCUCCCGCAGAACCCCUUGAAGAGGGAACCCGGAAGUGGUCUCCCUAGCAUUCCCCCGCAGCCCGAAGCUCCCAACGGAAACGCAUCGGCGUCCAAAUAUCCUGGAUGGAAUCUGAGCGGUUUCGGCAAUACCGGCGUCCGACCUAACGACAAGUAGUGCCCAGACAUUCCUCUCAUCAUUCGUCGGAACCAAGCGAGUCCGAGAAAGAACCGCCAGGGCAGUUCAAAGAAGAAAGAAAAUCAGUCUGUUUUAUUUCAUGUUGCACCAAACAGUUUUACGUCGUCAUUCUCAGCCAUCUCCAAGUCGGCCUUGGCUGUAGGUCCCCUUCUUUUUUUUUUUCAUUAUCCAUCCUACCCCGGACACCGGGAGCAGCGGAGGAGCUAUUCAUUGAGG